AUGCCUGGAAUCCCUCUGCACGCCCUUGACAACCUCAAGGCCAAGCUCAAGGCCGCCUUCAAGAAGAAGGAUAACAAGGAGGAAGCCAAACCCGCCGAUACCACAGCUGCCACCGAGGCUACCAAGACUGAGGCCGCUCCUCCUGCUCCUGCCACUGAGCCAGCUCCUGUAGCUGAACCCGCAGCCCCUGCCACCGAACCUGCCAAGGAGGGGGCCAAGCCCGCAACUGAGGUCAAGCCUGAGGCUCCCGCUGCUGCUGCUGCUGCUGAGCCAGCCAAGACUGAGGAACCAGUUGCUGCUCCUGCGACUGAACCCGCCAAGCCCGACGCUGCUCCGGCCACCGAAGCUCCCGCUCCCGCUCCCGAGCCUGCCAAGACCGAGCCCGCCCCGGCUGCUGCUCCAGCUGCCGCAACUGCUCCUGUCGCCGAGACACCAGCUCCCGCUCCCGCUGGUGCUGAGACUGCACCUGUUGUCCCUGCUGAGGCUCCUAAGGAGGAAGAGAAGAAGGAUACUCCUCCUGCUCCUGCCCCUGCCCCUGUGGCCUCUGCUUAA